AUGCAGCAAGUCAUUUUGUUCAUACAGGUGGAGAACGAUGUCAAAACUCGCACCUACCGCUUUUGUCCAAAUGUUACUGAGUGCAUGGCCACUGUGUGGGGGAUCUUCCAGGUGAUGACGAUGAACGAACACUAUCACGGACCGCCGACCCUUCAUAAUGUAGGGCAGCUAGAGGAGUUCAUCAACAAGCUUCCGGAUCUCGCAUGCCUUGUUUAUCGAGAAGACUUAGGAGGAUAUGAGCCCAAGAACAAAAACUGGAUUAUAGCGCAGUUCGUACAGUUAUUUGAGGCUCAACAGGGUUACCGUUGGAAUCCGGACUUAUGA